GGACAAAGUAUUGAAACGCUUUCAUGGAGUUACAGCUUCGCUCACUCAAUUGGAUGCUUUUGACAACUUAACUGAUGUUGAGAAGCGUGCUUUUGACAAAGGAUUUAACGUUAAUUUCUGAUGUUACCUGGCACGAAGGAGAGGAGCAUAUUGAUUUCUCCAAUAAGAAGGAUAAGCUCAAAUUGCUUCUGGAACGUUGCAUCAACAAAGUUUUGGUUGCUGACGUGUCGGCCAUUAACAGCAUUUGGAUGCAUUUCUCUGACGGUUUUUUUAUCAGAUUUAAAUGUAAAAAAUUGUUUUAGUUGCCGCCGAACAUAUGGGGCUUCUCGUUAAUCGCUUCAAAGCCGGGCGUGGUCUUUUUGCACC